GAAAAAUGUCACCCAUAUCUACCCAGACAGUCGCAGAACAUGCGAGCCCAGAAAGUUGCUGGAUCAUCGUACACGGACGUGUAUACGAUGUAACAGAAUUUCUGCCAGAGCAUCCCGGUGGCAGCAAGAUCAUCCUCAAAUAUGCCGGAAAGGACGCUACUGAGGCAUAUGAUCCAAUUCACCCUCCCGAUGCAAUCACCACACACCUCCCCAAACAUAAGCAUCUUGGCCCAGUAGACCCUCAAACGGUGGUCAAAAUCGAGAGAGUUCUCAGCGAAGAAGAAAAGAAGCGCCAAGAAUUAGUAGCUUCUCGCCCUCCAAUCGAUGAAAUUGUUAAUCUGCACGACUUUGAGGCGGUCGCAAAAGCCAUCCUUCCCCCUAAAGCAUGGGCUUAUUACUCUUCUGCUUCAGAUGAUGAGAUCACCAUUCGGGAGAAUCGCGCUGCCUAUCAGAGAAUUUGGUUCCGCCCGCGGAUUCUUCGCGAUGUUUCGGUGGUUAACUGGUCUACGACUAUCUUGGGUUACAAGUCGUCACUUCCGGUAUAUAUCUCUGCCACCGCACUUGGUAAGCUCGGGCACCCUGAUGGAGAACUCAACUUGACCCGGGCUGCUGGUAAACAUGGCGUUAUCCAAAUGAUCCCGACGCUUGCAUCCUGCUCGUUUGACGAGAUCGUCGACGCCGCUGUACCAGGUCAAACCCUCUUUUUGCAACUUUACGUCAAUCGCGACAGGGAAAUCACAAAGCGCUAUGUUCAACAUGCCGAAAAGCGUGGUGUAAAGGCCCUCUUCAUUACCGUUGAUGCCCCACAAUUGGGUCGACGUGAGAAAGACAUGCGCAUGAAGUUUGUCGACGAAAGUGGUGUCGCCAAAGUUCAGGACGGCGACCAGAAUGUGAAGAAGGACGAAGGAGUUGCGCGUGCGAUCUCGUCCUUCAUUGAUCCUUCGCUUUCAUGGAAAGAUAUUCCGUGGUUUAAGAGUAUCACUAACAUGCACAUUGUCCUCAAGGGCGUCGCGACCCCCGAAGAUGCCUUGAUGGCCUAUGACUACGGUCUAGCUGGCAUCGUUCUUUCUAAUCACGGUGGAAGACAGCUCGACACUGCUCGUUCCGGUGUCGAAAACCUCAUUGACAUUGUUGCGGCCCUCAAGACUCGCGGCCCAUGGCCGAACCCGCGAUUCGCGAUCUUCGUGGAUGGAGGUGUAAGACGCGCUAGCGACGUCUUGAAGGCGAUCGCGUUGGGUGCCUCUGCUGUAGGCGUAGGACGUGCCUUCAUGUACUCGUUCUGUGCGUACGGGCAGGAGGGUGUCGAGAAGGCGUUCCAGAUCUUUAGGGACGAACUCGAAAUGAACAUGCGUCUCAUUGGGGUGCGCUCGAUCGAUGAGUUAACCUCUGACUUGGUUGAUGCCAGCGGGCUCCACGCACACGUCGGCAUUACCCCAACAGAUAACCUCUACAAUUCGACAUACCAACCCCUUGCGCUUGCUCCGUUCAGGGCGAAACUUUAAACCGUCUUGGCGGUUCAUGAUAGAUACUUGAAAGUGUGUAUCUUACGCUUGCACAGCCCUGUUUUUCGUUCCCUCUACGCAAAUCGG